AUGUCACUUUAUCGUGCGCUGCAGUUAUUGCUGCUGAUUACUGAAUUUUGUUAUGACUAUCUAAAUUUCAGCACACUACUGCAUCGGCCGAUAAUUUCAUCAGUCAUUUGUUCAGACGUCCAACAUAUCAUAAAUGUUACUAACUAUCGCUAUUCAGCGACUUCUGAGGUUUCUGAAAAUCAAACAUCACAAAUAAUACCAGACUCCUCCAGUGAGGCACCAACAAAUCACUCGGUCGGUUCAACCUUCAAUCAGACAAGCAGAAAUCUGCAGUUGACCGAUCAAGUCAAGCAAUUGAACAAUUUUUGUAAUCCAGUACUUUUACCGCCGGAUAACAUAGCUGUCAGUUAUAUAACAUCUGAUUCCUUCGAAGUAUCUUGGUCAGCACCAUCGGAUAAUUUGGAUCACUUACAUGUUGUAUUCACUUAUGAAAUUUUGAUUAGCAGUCCACAAAAGUUACCUCCACUAGUUCAAUAUAUAUCAGAGGCUUCUGUACUAAAGAAACGGAUUACAAAUUUGUCUGCUUGCUCUUUUUAUGUGGUUCAAAUGAGGACAAUUAGUGCAUUUCUAAUGAAGUCAAGUGAUUGGUCAAACCCCAUAGCUACAACUACUUCGCUGCCAAAGCACUUAGUACAAAGUCACUUUGAAAUAGAAAACGUUGCUGCAGGAAUACAAAAAGUUGGAUGGAGUAAACUGAUUAUACCUGGAGGUUGCAUGGCAUCUAUUCAUUUAUUACAAAUCAAUCAGAGAACACAUACGCAGAGAACGAUUAGUUUAUCAAUAAACGAAACAGAAUAUGUAUUCUAUGAUUUGGAGUCAUCAACCCAAUAUACUUAUCAGCUGAAGGUGAUUUCACCAUUUGGUAACUACUUGGGAAAUAGUAUUUCAAUCAGUACUACAUCACUACCUGAAGGUUAUUCACAGAAUACAAGUAUCCAUCCACCAGAAUUUAUUGAAGUUUUUAAUGUAACAUCCAAUUCUUUGAUGCUAAGCUGGUCGCCUUUGAAGGAUAUUGAGAAUAAGUCUCAUAUAACGAGUUAUGAAAUCUUCCUGAGUAAUUCAAACCAAAAAUCAUCUUUGCUUAUAGAAUGCAUUUCAAGUGAAUUAACUGUUAGAAAGAUUGAAAAUUUAACUGCCUGCAACUUGUACACUAUCCAGUUAAGAUCAGUAAUCGAUUCAACUACAUUAGUUUAUAGUGAAUGGUCAAAACCAAUGUCUGUAUUUACCCUUAUACCAGAAAUUUCUGAAAGAAAUCUCUUACAAGUGACGAAUAUUGGUAGAUAUACUCAAAGAGUAAUGUGGUCACAGUUAACUAACACUUUCUUGAUUGACGAAUGUAAAGCCUAUUUGGAAUUGAUUCUGUUCAAUCAUGUAUCACAGGUUCAAAAAGCUGUCAAGUUAUCUUUGAACGAAACCAGUUAUUUGUUCGAUAACUUGGAACCAAUAACCAAUUACACAUAUCGCAUAAAUUUGAUUUCUCCGUUCGGUAAUAUAAACGAUAUCUGUCUACAAGCUCAUGCUGAAACACUACCUGAAGGUCCGAAUGCACCCACAAAUCUGUCAGUCACGCAAAUCUCACCCAAUCAACUCACACUGAAAUGGACCAAUCCAACACAACACCCAGCUUUCAAUGUCACCUGCUAUCGAGUAUACAAGCGUGAAUCACUCGAUGUGAUGGGAACAUUUGACGAGUAUCAAGUUUGUAAUGGAUCGAGCGAAUUCCGUGUGACAGCGUUGAUACCUGGUAGACAGUAUGUGUUGUAUAUGCAAUCCGAAGAUUCAGUGUAUGGACUACAUAGUAAUGCAUCUGAAACGAUUGCUGCCUUUACUUACCCUUCAGGUCCGAAUGCACCCACAAAUCUGUCACUCACGCAAAUCUCACCCAAUCAACUCACACUGAAAUGGACCAAUCCAACACAACACCCAGCUUUCAAUGUCACCUGCUAUCGAGUAUACAAGCGUGAAUCACUCGAUGUGAUGGGAACAUUUGACGAGUAUCAAGUUUGUAAUGGAUCGAGCGAAUUCCGUGUGACAGCGUUGAUACCUGGUAGACAGUAUGUGUUGUAUAUGCAAUCCGAAGAUUCAGUGUAUGGACUACAUAGUAAUGCAUCUGAAACGAUUGCUGCCUUUACUUACCCUUCAGGUCCGAAUGCACCCACAAAUCUGUCAGUCACGCAAAUCUCACCCAAUCAACUCACACUGAAAUGGACCAAUCCAACACAACACCCAGCUUUCAAUGUCACCUGCUAUCGAGUAUACAAGCGUGAAUCACUCGAUGUGAUGGGAACAUUUGACGAGUAUCAAGUUUGUAAUGGAUCGAGCGAAUUCCGUGUGACAGCGUUGAUACCUGGUAGACAGUAUGUGUUGUAUAUGCAAUCCGAAGAUUCAGUGUAUGGACUACAUAGUAAUGCAUCUGAAACGAUUGCUGCCUUUACUUACCCUUCAGGUCCGAAUGCACCCACAAAUCUGUCAGUCACGCAAAUCUCACCCAAUCAACUCACACUGAAAUGGACCAAUCCAACACAACACCCAGCUUUCAAUGUCACCUGCUAUCGAGUAUACAAGCGUGAAUCACUCGAUGUGAUGGGAACAUUUGACGAGUAUCAAGUUUGUAAUGGAUCGAGCGAAUUCCGUGUGACAGCGUUGAUACCUGGUAGACAGUAUGUGUUGUAUAUGCAAUCCGAAGAUUCAGUGUAUGGACUACAUAGUAAUGCAUCUGAAACGAUUGCUGCCUUUACUUACCCUUCAGGUCCGAAUGCACCCACAAAUCUGUCAGUCACGCAAAUCUCACCCAAUCAACUCACACUGAAAUGGACCAAUCCAACACAACACCCAGCUUUCAAUGUCACCUGCUAUCGAGUAUACAAGCGUGAAUCACUCGAUGUGAUGGGAACAUUUGACGAGUAUCAAGUUUGUAAUGGAUCGAGCGAAUUCCGUGUGACAGCGUUGAUACCUGGUAGACAGUAUGUGUUGUAUAUGCAAUCCGAAGAUUCAGUGUAUGGACUACAUAGUAAUGCAUCUGAAACGAUUGCUGCCUUUACUUACCCUUCAGGUCCGAAUGCACCCACAAAUCUGUCAGUCACGCAAAUCUCACCCAAUCAACUCACACUGAAAUGGACCAAUCCAACACAACACCCAGCUUUCAAUGUCACCUGCUAUCGAGUAUACAAGCGUGAAUCACUCGAUGUGAUGGGAACAUUUGACGAGUAUCAAGUUUGUAAUGGAUCGAGCGAAUUCCGUGUGACAGCGUUGAUACCUGGUAGACAGUAUGUGUUGUAUAUGCAAUCCGAAGAUUCAGUGUAUGGACUACAUAGUAAUGCAUCUGAAACGAUUGCUGCCUUUACUUACCCUUCAGGUCCGAAUGCACCCACAAAUCUGUCAGUCACGCAAAUCUCACCCAAUCAACUCACACUGAAAUGGACCAAUCCAACACAACACCCAGCUUUCAAUGUCACCUGCUAUCGAGUAUACAAGCGUGAAUCACUCGAUGUGAUGGGAACAUUUGACGAGUAUCAAGUUUGUAAUGGAUCGAGCGAAUUCCGUGUGACAGCGUUGAUACCUGGUAGACAGUAUGUGUUGUAUAUGCAAUCCGAAGAUUCAGUGUAUGGACUACAUAGUAAUGCAUCUGAAACGAUUGCUGCCUUUACUUACCCUUCAGGGCCGAAACCACCAAUAAAUUUAUCCGCUGUUAAUAUCAAUCCUAAUUGGUUUAGUCUAAAAUGGACGAUAUCAGAACAAGAUUCAGCUUUUGUAAUCAAUAAUUAUUUGGUGUAUAUUUAUCUCAAUUGUGAUACGAAUAACAUUUACAAGGAAUUCAUUGUCGCUUCAAAUCAAUUAAAUAUGUGUAAUAUCACUUCACUUAUACCUGGCACAAAUUAUACAGUUUAUAUGAAAUCUAUUGAUUCAUCUUAUGGUAUAUACAGUAAUGCAUCAUAUCCAAUCACAGUAAUUACAUAUCCAAGUAGACCGAAUCCACCUACAAAUGUAUCAGUUACAGGGGUUAAAUCAACUCAGUUUCACAUAACAUGGACAGAAUCAGAACAAAAUUUAGCAUUUAUUGUCAAUUGUUACCUGAUAUAUAUACAUUCGACUAUUGGUGUACUCGAUCAAUUUCAGAAGUUCAACAUUUGUUAUAACAAUGAAUUUGAUAUUAAAUCGCUUAAUCCAGGAAUCAAUUAUAGUGUUUAUAUAGAAUCUAUUGAUUUAGUCUAUGGAAUUCGUAGUUUGCCAUCGGAGUCUAUCAUGAUCACCACAUAUCCAGAAAAACCUUUCCCGCCAGAAAAUGUUACUAUUACCGAUAUCAAACCAAAUCAGUUAACUCUUACUUGGUCUGUGCCAGAACAAGAUACAGCAUUCAUGAAUAUUUGUUACUUAAUUUUCAGUCGACCCUUAUUUAAUAUAAACGAUGACUUUAUACAGUUCAAGGAGUGCAGUGGACGAAGUGAAUUCACUAUGACAUCUCUGAUACCUGGAAUAAAUUAUACUGUAUAUAUGAAAUCAGUUGACUGUGUUUACGGUAAACACAGUGAUGCUACAAAACUCCUUCUGGUUCGUACAAAUCCAUACCAUCUCAAACCGCCAGUCAAUUUAACUGUUUCUAAUGUCAAUGCAUAUGGAUUCACUGUGAACUGGAAUCGAUCAUUACAGAACUCUACAUUUGGAAAUGAAUCUUAUUAUGUAUUCAUAAAGUCUAUGCAUAAUUAUACACAAAAACCAAUGAAAUAUGAAGCUGGCCUAUUAGCGACACAGUUGGUUGUAGACAAUCUUUAUCCGGAUACAUGGUAUAAUUUAUAUGUAGAAUGUUCAGAUAUGAUUCAUCAAAUAAGUAGCACAAAAUCAAUAGAGAUUUCAGUACACACCUAUCCAGAGGCUAUUGAACGUGAUAGUAUCAAUCAGAUUUCAAAUAUGAUGCUAAAUUCUCCAUCAUCAAAAACCAAUCACAUUAAACAAGACAGUAUGAUUAUACUAUACCUGCCAUUAUCCCAGUUAAAUAAUCAUAUACCAAAAGUAUGUAUUGUCUCACUUGUAUUACGACCCACCAAAGAUAAGGAUGAUAUUUAUUGUUCUGAAGGUUGUACAAAGCGCAUACAAUACAAUAAUACGUCUGAAAUCAGUUUAAUAGAACCGGCAUACAAUAACCGUGAUACAAAUGAGAAUGCAUCAUGGGAAAUACUGGUUCACUCACCGUUGACAUUUGAAAAUACACGUGUUCGACGUUCUGCUGAUCAAAUGAGCACAAAUCACCAGCCUUAUUCAGAUGAAUAUUUUGUAAUUGGUGAAAAUAGCCCAUGUCAAUAUAAUUCACAUAACUGCAAUGGUCCAUUGAAGCCUGCAACACAAUACAGUAUACAGUUAAGAACCUAUACUAAGUAUGGCUAUACUACGUCUAAAACAAUUCAUGCCCAUACACUAUCUAACACAACAGUUGUUGUGGUCACAUGCUGUUUAUUAUGGUCAUUGUUUGCACUGGCUGCUUCUACAUUUGCUCUAUUGUAUUAUCGUCUCAUUGAGGGGGAAUAUUGUUUUGUAAUAAUAAAAAACAAGAACAAAGUAAUGAAAAUGUGA